CCUCCCUGGUGGGACUCGAGCCUGCGACUCUGGGGUCCAGGAGCGAGUUCCCUACCACUACGCCAGGGAAUCUACCCUUUACUCUGUUUUACCCUCUCCAUAUUAGUCAAACAUACCCUAACACUUUUUACUUAAUAUUUCACUUUUAGGUCCUCUCUUUUAUCUUCUAACCCUGUUUCACCUUCUUACUACUUUUAUUUAUUUUAUUUAUUUAAACCUAUUUAUAAAUGCUUUUUGCACAGUUGGUCAGACGGGCCUCGAACCUGUGCCCUUCUCCCUUCCAGUCUGGCCUCUUAGCCACUACACCCCUGAGGACCUCUUAAGUAGAGCCUUUACACUCUACCUCAACUUCACUUUUUACACUUAGAACUACAAUUCCCAACCACCUUAGCUUCCCUCCAUUUGCAGACCAAUUUCAAAUGCCCCAAUCACAGACAGCCACAUACUCUCAUUUAGAUUGACUCACACUACAUCCAACCAACACCCUUCUUCCCAGAAACAAACCCCUUCCUCUUCCUAACUCCCCCCCUCAUUUCUAACUGAAAUACCAAACACACCAGCACUAGGCACUUUCUCCUCUGAUGCAGGAUUAGUUAUCCGAAACGUCAGGAGUUUUCCAAGGAGCAACACGGUAUUUCUGCUUUUAUUCCUUACUAGUUAAUCCAAUUGGUUUUAAAUUAUUUGAAAUAAAGAUUGGCUUUUAAAUUUUAACAAACACUGUAAGAGGACUACCCUAUCCACCUGCCUGACCACAUGGAUUAGCAUGCUAGCACAUAUCUGGACUGUUUGCUAUACACCUGGCUGUCAAGACUGUGCUCUCUUUCAUGAACUUGGACUGCAACCUCACUCUUUUGGAGGUAACCUGAGCAAUCUACCAUCUGGAACACUACUCUGUGGAUCUUUAACAUCAAACCCAACACAAGCAUGAGGUAUGCGAACCUAGGUCUACGCUACAGGUAAGGGCUUUUAUCUUUUCAGUUGUUUGUUUUUAGUGUUGGUUAAUUUCUGUAAGGUUGGCUUUUACCGUUUUGCUCCUUUCUAGCCAGCUGCCCCCAUUCCUUUUCCCCCCCCUCCAACAUAUUUGCCCCCCCCAUUUUUUAUUUUUGGUUUUUUGGUUUUGUUUUCUUUCUUUUCUUCUCCCUACACUACACAACUCCAUACAUUGACUUCCAUACAUUCACUUCCACUCACUCACUACAUUACACAUACAACAUGGCCUCAUUCAACAGACCCUACACACGUCCUCUCACACAACCUCCAGAUCCCCUCACCCGACAACAAUCCAAACACUACUUCAAACUGAUUCAAGUCACUCACCACCAACACAUAAUUUCACAUGCACUCCAGACAGGCCUUUUCCCCACAGGUAUGACCAGACAAGUAGCCAAACUUACACAAUUCAUUAAACCAGCACUACCCACUCAACAUACACGCACACUACUCAACCAGAACACAUCAGACUGGAUGCAACACAACAUGGACAUCCUUCUGGAACACUAUAACACACAACUUACACUACUGACUUCCACCCCUUCCCCUUUCAAUACACUGGCAUUUCAGAUUGCCAGUGGCUGGGCCAGAAAGAGGUACCAUACUCGCCUGUCACCCACUACCUUACAGACAGUUCAACGGCUUCUCAACCCUCAGUCUUCCCCCCACACAACACCAACACACACCACCCCCCCUCACCAGACUACUACCCCCACUCCUAGGGACCCCCCCACACCCACUCACUCUUCUGACCCCUCUUUUCUCACUGAAUUCCCUCCUCUUCCUGCACCCACUAGGGCCCCUACUCCCCCUCCUAAACAGGACUUGGGAGUUAUGCCACAUCCCACACUUACACUUACCACCCCAUCCAUCCCUUCACUCUCCACUUCCAUUGACUUACAGCAGGUCACUUUUACCAUCAACACACCUGACCUGACAGAUACACUCUCAGAUACUGAUGACCAUCAACACCCACCCAACACCACACACACCACUCAGAACGCACAACACCACACCAAAAAUCCCCCCACUACUCCCACACCCAUAGACACUUCUCCCAUUGACACUCUCCCGGUCUCCCCUACCCUUACACCACCCAAAAACAGACCCACCAUACAGGUUACAGCCCUUGUCACUCACACUUAUAACAGUCAGCCCACAAUCACCCAACGCCCUAACACGGCCAUCACUAACACCACCCAGGCUAACCACCUCAUAACACAUUUGGUUCCACAGGAUAUAACACCAUGUCUCUCUCCACCAGGUUCCACCCAAGUGGGAGGGGUAGACCCAGGACAGUCCAAACCAUCAAGGGUGAUGAUGAGCAAGGGAAACAAAAAAGCUAACCAGCUUACAAAACCCAAUGCUGAGCCCUCCACCUCCACAGGUGUAGAACUGUCUGGGGCUCCUACUCCCUCCCCCCUACCUCUACACAAACCCUCACCUACACCACAUUCUACACAACCCCUGUCCCCUAGGCCCCCUCUUCUUCGGACUCCUACAGUCCCACUUCUCUCUCUCCCCCUCUUCUCUCCUACCUAUCACAAAUGGUCCAACAAUAGACUUCAGGAGUGGCACAUCAGACCUAACAAACCCAUAUUAUUCAUAGGCGAUUCCAAUCUGGCCCGUAUUCCCCCUCAUCCAUAUCCCAACAUACAGAUAGACAGCUAUCCAGGUGCCACAGCCAACCACAUGAACCGGUUACUUGAGAAAACUUCCCCACAAGAAGCCGUUGAGCUGUUAGUCCUGUCGGUGGGUACCAACAACAGAGAACACAAUGCUAAGGCCACCACCAACAAACAACUUAACAAAAUGUUUAAGUUGGCCACCAAAGUUUUCCCCAACGCCAACAUUUAUGUCCCGGUCAUCAACUUUUCCCCCUCUAUUCACCCACACUACAAAUACAAUCUCACCGAGAUUAACCGCUACAUCACCACCCACCUCCCCCACCUCCAACCACUUCCAGCAGAUCAAUUUUCCACCACACUUGAUCACAUCCACUGGACCCCAGAAGUGGCUUCCAAAAUCCUCCACUUCUGGUGCACACAACUAAAUUUAACCUUUCACAGACCCUAAAUCAGGACACACCCUCACACACCCUGAAUCACACUUCACCUCACACUGACUCCCUCAUCCUCAACUUGUCCAAGUCCCUUAUUCUCUCCCCUGUACAAACUGCACUUCUAGAAAAAGGUCUUUCUUUUAUUCCCACACCCACCAGCCAGGACCGGGAGGGACUGCGAAGGGACAUCCAUGGUUAUCAUAGACGCUUGAAAUUACAUGAUCAUUUUAAACACAAACCCCACCGUGAGCCCGUCCCCUUCACUCUCCCCUCCACCUGGGAACCUGACUCUUCCCAGGUGGAUGGGAGACUACGUACCCUUAUUAGACAAGAUCUCCAUUCCCUGUCCACCUAUC